AAUAAAUAUGAAGUAAAAUGUGUUAUUAUGAAACAAUAUGUUUGAAUUAAUUAUGUUUAUAAAUAAGUAAAUAUUAAAUAAAUAUUCAGUAAUGUGAAAUUUUAAUACUGAUACCGCCAUGCAAAGUGAUAGAAAAGACGGUGAUUGCAAUGGUGGCGGUAGGAAAGCCCUACGUACGCCCAAGUGCGCCAGGUGUCGUAAUCACGGUGUAAUAUCAUGCCUGAAGGGUCACAAGAGACUCUGCCGUUGGCGGGAUUGCCGCUGCCCAGGCUGUUUGCUGGUGCUUGAGAGACAACGAGUUAUGGCGGCACAGGUCGCGCUUCGACGGCAGCAAAGCGCAGGCGGCGCGGCUCGCGACGGCGAAGCGGCCGCGCUGGCGGCGCGUAAACGUGCUUACCGCGCUCGUCUACGCAGUGUACAGAUUUCGCGGAAUUACGCCAUCCCGGCCGCAACCUUUGAGCACACGAGCGGCACGGAGAGCGACCCGGCGUGGAGCGAGCGCGUGCGGCGACGCAAGGCGUUCGCGGACGCGUCGCUGGAGGCGGGGCUCGCGGCGCCGCUGGGCGCGCCCGGCCCCGCGCUGUGCCGGCACCUGCUGGCGGCGCUGCUCUCCAGCUGCGCGCCGCCGCAGCGACCCAAGAUAUCCUUCUCAAUCGAGUCCAUCAUUGGUGUGAAGUAGAUGCAUCCAACGUGUUAACGAUCUAUUUGUAACUAUAGCCUAUUCCAACCACGAGAGGACAAAAUCCAAAUAAACAACAUCGAAUUGACGCUAUAUCAUUGGUGCAAGAGCAAGAAUAAUAUCAUAUUCAUUUUGGAUAAAAUUAUAGUGGAUAUAAGUACUUAUGUGGAAUGGUUUGUAAUUUUUUUGUUUGUAUUUAUAACACAUAUUAAUCAAGGACUCUUUAUAGCGCAAAAUAUAGCUGUUAACAAAUCGCAUGGAACACGUAAAUGUAAGGAUGGUUUACCUUUAUUCCUUCUUCGAUUG